AUGAUGAGAAGAGCCGAACCGCCACCUAUCAAAGAGAAACAUUUGAAUGAAGAGGACGAGGAGGAGGAGGAGGAGUUGAAGGAAGAUCUCGAUGACGAAGGAGUGAUUGAGGAAAUCGACGAGGAGAUCAUUGAUGAGGACAUCGAGAUGGACGAAGAGGAAGAAGAGAUCGAACUAAUGAGAAGCGAGGGAAUGGUCGAUGUUUUGGAGGAGAAGAUUCGCAGGGAUUACGCGCUAAAAUCACUCGCCGGCAUCACGCUCAGCUCUCGGAAAUGCGCCGGCGAAUCGCCGAACAACACCACCACCGAUGAGGAUUAUUCUUCAACAUCAUCUGUUGACGGUCAUCGAUCGAAUGAGGGAUCGCUAAGUCCGCCUAGUGGAUCGCAGCUUUCCUCAUCCGGUUCAUUCUCCUCUGGAAAAAGUAAAUCCACUCCGAACUCGAAUCCCCUCCGACAACCGCACGAGAAAAAGCAUAAAUGUGAGACUUGUGGAAAGGCUUUCUCAUAUUUAUCAAUUCUUGAAUCACACAAGAGAUCGCAUACCGGGGAAAAGCCAUUUAAUUGCCGAUUUUGUGACAAGAAAUUCGCUCAAAAAGCGACAUUGCAAGUGCAUGAGAGGACGCAUACAGGCGAAAGACCGUAUAAAUGCAAAUUUUGCUGCAAAACAUUUGCCCAGUAUGGGACGAAGACCGUUCACGAGAAGAGUGCUCAUUUGGGGAUUCGAAAUUACAAAUGCCCAAUGUGCGAGAAGAAUCUCAGCUCACCGUCAGCUCUCUAUACCCACAAGAAGACACACGGCGAGAAAGUCUUUCAGUGUGGUUUUUGCCCAAAAACAUUCACAUUGAAGAACUACUUGAAAUUGCACGUGAAACAAGUGCACGAGCAGAACGAGAGGAAACACGUUUGCGUGCAUUGUGGCAAGAGUUUCGCCUAUGCGGGAAGUCUACAAGUUCACAUUCGAACGCACACCGGCGAACGGCCAUACAUAUGCAAAUUUUGUCCUAAAGCUUUUGCAUCACAAGGGAAUCUGCAAUCGCAUGAAAGGACGCACACUGGCGAGAGACCGUAUGGGUGUAAGAUGUGCGAGAGGACCUUCAUUCAAAAAUCUCAAUUGACCGCUCAUGAAGUGACGCACACCUCGCCGACUCCUCCCACCUCAAAGAAAUCGUCGUUCAUCGGAUCUCCCACACAAACGUUGGAAAGAGAUUGUCCCGCGUGUGCGAAACGAUUCGCGUAUGGGUCGAAUUUAUGUCCCUUCUGCGGAAUGACUUGCCCACCGCUUCCUUCAUUGCAAAUCCAACAUCGACCUUUGGCUGGCGAGAAACCAUACAAAUGCGCAGGUUGCGGGAAAGGCUACGCGCAAAAGAUCGGUCUUCGUCCUCAUUGGGAACAAUGUGAACAAUACCAAGCAUUGGGCAGAGAUUCAUCCGAAUCCCCGAUAAACGUCGAAACGGAUUCCGACGGCACGAUGGAGGAGAGUCCGAUGAAGGGCAAAGAUUCCAUUCCGAAUAUCUACUCCAGUGUUUAUGAUCCGUCAUCAUUCACGCUGCCGGUGAUCCCGCAAUCUCCGCUGAAGCUUCCAAUUGGUCUCCCCCGUCCACUUCCACUUCAAAUUCCGCCAUCAAACUAUGGACCGAUCUCAGCGAGUAAACCACCAUUUUCGGCUGAGUGCUCACUCGGCGACCCGUUCCCCUUCUCCACUCGAUCCCUGCAAUCAGCCACCGCUCAACUAGCUGAUGCACUCGCCGCUGCUCUUCCCAACACUCCAUCCUCAACAAUUGCCCCAUCUCUUCCUGGAUCGAUGCCACACACUCCCACAAUGCCCUCCCUUGAUCCAUCCCUCUUAGCGUCAUUACUCGGCGGACAAUCAACCAUUCCACAACUGCAACUACUUUUACAGUUACAACAAUCUCAAACUGAAGCCCUCGUUCAACAGCUUUUACUAGGCUCUCUUCCAUCCCCAUUGCUGACAAUGGCGCCACUCGGGCUCAAUCUCGGAUCGCUUAGCGGGAAUGCUGGCGCACUCCUCUCCAGCCUGCCCGCUCCCACUCCGGUGAAGCCGGACGCAGCCGUCGCCGCUUCGGCUCUCCUUCAACUCUCGGCGCAACCGCAGAUUCUUUCA